CUCGUCUCCGAAUGAACAAACAUGGGGGAAUGGACCAUCCUAGAGAGGCUCCUGGAGGCUGCUGUGCAGCAGCACUCUACUAUGAUAGGAAGGAUCCUACUGACAGUGGUGGUGAUCUUCCGGAUUCUAAUCGUAGCGAUAGUUGGAGAGACUGUUUAUGAUGAUGAACAAACCAUGUUCAUCUGUAAUACCUUACAACCGGGCUGUAACCAAGCAUGCUACGAUAAGGCAUUCCCUAUCUCCCAUAUCAGAUAUUGGGUGUUUCAGAUCAUAAUGGUUUGUACACCGAGUCUUUGCUUUAUCACAUAUUCGGUUCAUCAGUCUGCCAAACAAAAGGAACGGCGGUACUCAACUGUGUUUCUGACGGUGGAUAAGGAUCAAGAUUCAAUGAAACGAGACGACAGCAAAAAGAUCAAAAACACAAUCGUGAACGGAGUACUUCAGAACACCGAGAACUCGACAAAAGAGGCCGAGCCCGACUGUUUGGAAGUGAAAGAGAUCCCCAACGCAACUAUGAGAACUACUAAGUCCAAAAUGAGACGGCAGGAGGGAAUCUCCAGGUUCUAUAUCAUUCAAGUGGUUUUCAGAAACGCGCUGGAAAUUGGGUUUUUAGUUGGUCAAUAUUUCUUGUAUGGAUUCAACGUCCCUUCCGUGUAUGAGUGUGAUCGAUAUCCCUGCAUAAAAGAUGUCGAGUGCUAUGUCUCUAGACCCACGGAGAAGACCGUGUUUUUGGUCUUUAUGUUCGCAGUCAGUGGCUUUUGCGUGGUGCUGAAUUUGGCAGAACUGAACCACUUGGGGUGGAGAAAAAUCACCAAGGCCGUAAGAGGAGUACAGGCUAGAAGGAAGUCCGUUUAUGAAAUCAGAAAUAAGGACUUGCCCCGAAUGAGUAUGCCUAAUUUCGGUCGCACCCAGUCAAGUGACUCUGCCUAUGUGUAGCGCACUGAGCAACCUGAUGGUGCAGCCUGUAAAAAUGUAACGAAGAAAAUAAGAGACGGAAUGGACGAUUCCGCUGGCCGUAUGCCGUGUCAUGAGUUCAAUGAGUGGGUAGAUUUUUAUUUGAUAGUCUUUUAAGGACUUCA